AUCAGAGGGCCUGAUCUACGAAUGGUCCCCAGAUACAACAACUCUGAUCAACUGUACGCCUCCGUGCCCAGGAGGAUGCCAGUGGAGGACUACUCGAACCAGAACUGGGCCAACCAGAGGGACCCCGUCCAUUACCCCAACCCCAUCUACGAGACCCAUCAAGACAACUAUCCUCCACGAUCUGCCCGGUUGCCUGUGCCUAGACCCGCGGAGGUCACAGGAGGUUACUAUCCCUCAUCUCAAGCUCAACAGAGGGGUCCCGUGAGGCAGGACGUCCCUCCCCCAUCAAACCCUGGUGCCAGAGCACCACCGCGAUACGAAACGCUGAACCAGGGGAACUAUCGGACGGCCAGUCCUGAUCGCUACGGCCCAUACGGAGAUGAACAAUACCAAGAUCCCCGGCAGAAAAAGUCAAUGAUCGGAGCCGUCUAGACGAGGAGGAAGUAGGUUGGUGCUGGUUAUGUAAUUGUGUCCAUUUACAAGAACAAUCUAAUUAGUUUCCUAGACUUAUGUGAAGAAAAAGCAUUUGACACAGCCAUCGAUUACUCCAAAUUGAAGUUACGUUUUUUUUUUCUAAAGUGAUUUGUUUCGGAUAUCCCCCAUUUUUCCUCUUAAUUAGCAUCAGUUCUGAACAUCAAGUCGAUUUUACACAAGCGUCCGUUAGGUUUAAAAGUUACAGCUUACAGAAGCACAUAGAGUUUGUAUGUAUGUAUGUACGUAUGUUUAGCAUGUAUUUAAUUCACUAUACCACACAAAUGUGUUUAAUAUGAUGAUCUGCUGUGGAUAGUAUGGCCGUUUCUUCCCCUCAUGAGUAUGCAUUCAUUUUUUUUGAGGAUGUGAUUGAUAGUCUCUUAUUACCCUAAAACAUCUCUGAUGUUCUCAGAACGCUUUUGGGUGCCUUCUUUUUUUUUUCUCAGUGAAUCAAUCCUAAAGUGUGUUUUCAUGCUAUGUUUUGAGGGUAAUAUUCUAUUUCAACUACCUCCCUCCAUGAUUGAUUUUAGUAAAGUCGUUCCGAGUCCCAAAAACACCAAAACGGACGAGGUUACACAAGUAGCUGAUCCGAUAUCACCGUCUCAAACUGUUUUGACUUUUGAUGUCACAUUUCUUUUUUACAUUAGGUUGAGGUUUUUACAUUCCUUGUAUUUGUUUGCCCUUUCAGCCUUUUUAUGGUAGUUGUGCGAUGGUAAAUUCUGCCUCGUAGGUGCAAACGCUGUAUACACAGGGCUCGUGUAGUGAACAAUCAUUGUUGUUGGAUCACUGCUUUAAAAACAAUACUUCCUGAUAUCCUUAAAAUGAUCCGUUUAUUGUAGAUAGGAGAUAUAUUGCCAGUCAAAACAGGAUCUUACAAGAACCAAUAAACAAUGAACUUUGGGUUGAGUUUUUUUGCACAUCUAAGGGCUGAAUGAAGUGGUUUACAGGAAAAUGGCUGGAUAGAUACUGAGAAUACAUGAAGUUUUGUGUGUUUUACUUUUAAGAUUUGACCUUUUACACACAUGCUACUCUAUCAACUUUUAAAUGGUGUGUAUGAAAAAUCAGUUGCUGUUAUCUUGUGUUUGUCUCGUCUUUGAAAAGUUGAUUUUAAUUUCUGUAUUUUUAUACCACAUUUUUCAUCCAAUGUUUAUGGAAAAUCUACUAUCUUUGUGUUUAUUUUGCUUGGAUUUUGUUUUUAUAUUUCAUAUUUAAUCUUUUUACGUUUGUUUUCUUUAUUAGCAGCUGUGUUUUUUGUCAAUUUAUUUUAAAACUUAACAAUAGAGACAAGAAACUGUGUAAUUUUCUUCAUUUUGCCAUUUUUUAUUGUUUAUUUGUUUUUGGUUUUUGCUAUUAUAUAUUUUUAUGAAAAUCAAAAUGCUGAUCUGCAUAAUUUGUGAAAAUCAAAUUACAUGGAUGACUAUUAUUUUGUUUUUGUUGUUUUGAUACCUUAUUCUUUUUUUUUUCUUUUUUUUUUAAAGUUAGGCAAAUGUUGUAUGUAAUAACCAAAAAUUAAUAGGCAUGCAUUUUGGAGUGAAUAAAAUGUUAAUGAAAUUAAUUCUUAUUAACUAAGACACUUUGGUACCUUUUUAUUUGAAGUGAAACUGUAAGUUUUUGUGUAAAUAAAGUGGUGUGUUGGUUCAGACU